AUGGCUAAAUCGAAAUCCAGCGAUGAAACCAGCGCAGGCGAUAAACUUUUCUUCGUCGAUACACAGCCAGACGAGCAGGCCAAGGAGAAUGUACCAGCCACCGACGCAAACGACUCAAACGACGCAAACGACGCAGACAAUUCCAUCUCUCACCUUACCCUACCUGACUACAUAAACGUAAAUCUCGAUGACCCCGCAGACACUCAAAACCAUAAAAUAAGAGUUUUGGACGGUGACGACAAGGAAUAUACUGAGAAUGAGAGCGAUUUCGUCGACGUCGAUCAGCACGGCGCUGGUCCGGUGAGAUACUUCCAAGAAGACGUCAAUCGCCAUGAGUACACGGUUUGUAGGACUUGCAAGCAGACUGGGCACUUGAGCAAGGACUGUCCUCACAUAAUUUGCCUCACUUGUGGCGCAGUCGAUGAGCACAGAGAGAGGGACUGUCCCAUUUCGCUCGUUUGUUACAACUGCGGCGGGCGUGGCCAUUUUGCUAGAAACUGCACUGUUCCGAAACAGAAAGACUCCAGACUUAGCUGCCGUAGGUGUGGCUCGCCUAGUCACCAAACGAGGGCAUGUCUCACUCUCUGGAGGAUCUACCAGUACGUAGACGCCGAGCAUUUCGACAGCAAACCGCAGAAAGAGUCUAAGGAUGAUGCCGAGCACAAAGACAUUCAACAAGCUCGAACGGAGAUGUGGUGCUACAACUGCGCGGACUCGGGUCAUUUAGGCGAUGACUGCGACAUGAGAAGAGGGUGUCCGAUCCCACUUAUUGAGCCAUCCGCCUUCUCCGAGCAAAACCUCUUCAGUGGUCCGUUCAAGACUGCACUCAUAGGCGAUAAGAAGAAGGGGCGGAAUGGUAGCAACGGUGACAAGAACAGCAACAGCAACACCAACGCAUACCGAAGAGCCAAACACCUCGAUAGAGCUAGUGGCUAUCCUCCCAACACGCGCAUACCUGACCGCGGCGGCCCUGGGACCGAGAGGAGGCGUAAAGAGAAAGAGCACCUCAAGCGACUCGAAGAGAGCAGUGAUGAUAGCGAUGAUUACGACAGAUAUGUAGCAGAUAUCAAUGGAAUUGGUCAAGGUCCACCAAGAAAGUCGAGGAAAAACAGGUCCGGACAGAGGGAGCCAAGGAGAGGUAAAGAUAGCGGAAGAGAGAGUGGGGGCAGCUGGAGCAAAAACGAGGUUGACAAGGGGAGUGAUAGGGAUAGCCUACUUGACUCUCGGCGGCGGCAAGCCCCUAACCCUCCUCCACCACGGUUCGGUAGAUACGAGGAUAAUUAUAGGAGCUACAAGAAUAUAGACAGACCGAAAUCGACAGGAAGCAGGUCUACGUGGAGAGGCGGAUACGGGAAGCGUUGA